ACGUAUGCGUUUCUUUUGUUUGGAUUGUGUAAAUCCUUCAUAUCCUGCCACACACAAAAACAGGCAGCACGAUUUCUGAGUCGGGGCAAUAACUCUCAGGCUCAUAGCUACGAGGCAAAAGACUGCACGUUGUUUACGAGCAAAUGAAAGUCUAGUGACACCAUGAGGCUGUUUUACGUUCCAGGUCGUCCCGACCAGGGCGGGAUCUCCUUUUGUGGCCACAACGCUGAGCAGGUGUGUGUUGAACGUUCGCGCUCUCUUGCUCUACCUCUGCACAGACCAGUGAUUCUAGUUAUAUUAUGGCCGACGACAAUCAGAACGCACCAUGGACUAUUGAUAGCGUCCUUCAUCUACUUGGCGGACUGGGACGUUACCAGCUGUUUCAAGCUGCGCUGCUUGCCGUUGGAAAUCUGUCGUUUUGUUUCCAUCUCCUGAACUUCGUGUUCAUAGCACAGACCGUGAAACAACAAUGUGAAGUGACGCCGCUUUAUGGCAACAACAGCAACACUAACUACGGCACCUGUGACGUGUCAGUACAAAACACCACCACCAACGUCACCUCAAAACAUACUUGUAGUGCUUGGACAUAUGAUGUGCAGAAAGAUCAUUCCAUUGUAUCAGAGUGGGAUCUCGUGUGCGGGAAUAUCUUUUUCGCCCGCCUCCCCCAGUCUCUCUUCAUCUUAGGGCAGGGUAUUGGCGCUGUCACGGUUUCGGUAAUGUCGGACAAAUUCGGGAGGAAACCUUUCCUUGUAAUGUCACACGUGUUGACCGCCGGUGCCGGGGUUGCCUUGGCGUUCGCCCCGAAUAUCGCAGCAUUUACUGCUCUGAGAAUGGUGAAUGGAAUUUUUCAACAGGGCAUUGUGGUGACAACAAGCACAAUGGUGAUGGAGUUAUUUCCGAUGAACCGGCGGGUAGGAGUAUCUGCAGUGUUCGCCUUGGUAUGGAGUUUCUGCACUAUACUCCUCACGGGAACCGCCUACUUCGGUCGUGAUAUGGAUUGGAGAACUCUGCAGCUCUGUUUUGUAUCUGUAUCCAUCACUGUCCUUCUCCAGAUUGUCUUCAUGGGGGAGUCCCUUCGUUGGUUGAUAACGAACAAGAAGGCCAAAAAUGCCAUUGCUAUAUUCAAGAGGGCAGCCAGGAUGAACAAGGUCGACGUGUCAAAUGUAGCAUUACCCGGUAUUCGAGCUGAAAAUACACCUGUUGAACUGAGCAGCACGAAACAGAAGUACGUUGAAACACCAUCAGAAGUCGUGAAAUACAGCUGCCUCGACUUGGUGCGGACCAGGUUUAUGUUGAAGAUCACUACUGUUGUGUGGUUUUCUUGGUUGGUUGAUAGCUUGACGUACUUCAGCCUCUAUCUAACAGCUUCAUCUCUGACUGAUGACUUCUAUCUGAACUUCCUCCUCAACUCGCUGGCUGAGGUACCAGCAGGUCCACUCUUCUGGUUUGUCGGAAGAAGAUGGGGAAGGAGAAUAUUCUUCAUUACUUUCCAUAGUGUUGCCGGUGUGUGUCUUCUCAUGGCUACAGUAAUCAAAAGCUUGGCGGCUGGCCAAGUCGCACUGACGUCAUCUACAGUCUUGGCCUUCAUUGGAAAAGUUGGAAACGCCGCCUGUUUUAACGGGAUGUUUGCGUAUACGCCGGAGAUCUAUCCAACGAAUCUCAGAUCAAUUGGUAUGGGAUCUGGAUCGACUGCCGCCAGGGUUGGAGGAAUGAUCGCGCCUUUCAUAUCUAUUCUUGCAGCUAUUGCUCCCUGGGCUCCUGGAACUAUUUUCGGGAUAGCCUGCUUGGUAACAGCCGCGCUCAAUUAUAUGCUCCCUGAAGCAGAGGGACGAGAACUUCCCCAGACAAUUGAGGACGUCAAGGCGUGGGGUAAAGCGCCCGCAAGAGGUUAACGCUACUUCAAUAAAACAAAGCUGUACGCGUUGGAAUAAUAAUAUCCAAAGAUAUGCGAAUAGUUCAAAACCAUCUUCAAAGAAUCAUCAGCGUGAACACUUCAGUGUCAGACGCAAGAAAUUGUAAAUUAUACAUUAUUCGAAGUUACGAUUUUCAUGUUAUGUAAUUUUUAUUUUCAAUAUCCAUUUUCAGUGAAAUAUGUGUGAACACAGCACAGUCAAAUAGAGAUUCAUAACCAAACCAGCCUACAUGUGCAUGAAUAAUAUUCAUGAUGUCAUAUUCGUAACACCAAAAGCAUCUAUUCCAAGAUAACUCCUACACUGUAACCAUUUCGUGACUCGAACCAGGCUUUGACGAGCAAAUGCUGUAACCACCAGCUGACUCCAAGCCCCGUUAUCGUUAAAGUGGAAUGGUUAUAUUUAAUACUAAUCAAGCAUGUUGUAAGGGUCGUAGUCAGGCUUAGUUGCCAUUUGUAAACUGAACUUCUUGAACGACUAACCACUUACGUUGUACACGGACCAAUGCCUUACGCUACAUGGUCUUUAUCUUAUUAGUCAAUUAUAAACAGUUAGCUUCGUGUACACAUUUGAGGAGUAUGAAGCUCGUCUUAUCUCUGCUGUUCGCAGACAUAAUGCACACCUUAGCAAACGUUCAGCGCCAACAAGUGUAAAAGUUGAUAGCUGACGGUAUGUAAGGCAAUAUGUCAGACUAUGUUCCACGUUCCACGUGGGUCUCAGCGGUUGAUGAGUGACCCUCGUAUGUUUGAAAUCAUGUGACUAUAUCCGGCACCGAAACAGCAUGAAGGAUAUCAAGAUAUCAUCUUUAAGAGAGAUAUAAUUUCAUGUUGGCAAUAGUGCACUACCCACAAGAGCUGAGUUGCACGAGGCGAUAUGAGCGCUCAGACGAUCGUCUUUACCACACAUCGACACAACCGUAUCGCUUAGGUCGUAAAUAUAUACAAUUCUCCAAGGUCCAAAUUGACAACUACGGGUCAAAUGGAGACAUGCUCCAACGUGUACACAGUCAGGUAUAUGUUGGCUCGAGUGAUAAUGACAAUGUUGUGACUCGAUCAGUGGUAUUGUCCCCCAUUAAAGCCAUACUUGUAUUAUUAUCAGAAACAUAAGAAAUGUCUGUUAAUAGUAGAUUUGGUAUUAGAGAAUAAUGGUCUAAUAACUCCAUAUGUUAAAGGAUUCAAGCAAACAUGUUACAUUAUCAUGUUUGGUUCUUUUAUAGUAUUAUGUAUAACGCUUGAUGUAUUGACUAUAUAUAUAACUAGUUACAUGUAAUAGAGUUCGAGUUAACGCAAAUAUGCUUUAAUGCAUACAUGGUUAUUGAUUGUAGAUGUUGACGUAUGGUAUGACUCCUAUAGCUGCCUUGUGUUUUUACGCCCUUCAGAUCUUUUCCGUUUAUUGGUAUUUGAGUGAGUGAACAUGAUUAUUAACUCCAGCAUUAUCGCAGUGUGGAACACCAAGAAUGGAAUUCAAACAUCGCAACCAUGAGGGGAAUCGAAUUUUCGGCCUCCCCACCACCCCACACUGUGUGUAAAAUGCAUUAUUGGACGUAAUUUUUUUUAAUCAGGUAAAACUAUGCAGCUUACUUUGUGGAUAUACUGACCGUUGUUAUAGAAAUGAAGUGAAUGUAAACUCCCCGUAGAAUAAUCAG